CCCUAAGCUUCUUCAUUCUUUCUUUGCUCAUUUUCUCUCUCUAAAAAUCACUAUAAACCGCGUUGUUGUUGUGUUUCACAAAAUUAAAAAUAAAUUUUAUAGUGUGGGGAAAGCAAAUGAGUACUAAUUAAUUAGACCAACCAAAAAAAGCUCUAAACCUAUAAAUAUAUAUAUAUAUGUAUAGUUUGAUUCUUUUCUUCAUUCAUGGCGGUUUAAUUAUAUACCACUGUACCAUAAUUUUACAUUGAUGUAGAUGAUCAUGAUCGUGGAGGAAGACUUGCUUUGAUUACGAAGUUUUUUUGAAGUGUUUAGUCUCUUUCAUCUUUCUCAGCUACAAAUUUCACCUUUGUCUUUUCUCUGCUGGUUUUGAUUUUAGUUUCUCUUCCGCGUUAACAUGUCAAUUCACUGAGAUUCCCCUCAAAAUCAACGCGUCCGAGAGUUCGUAUAAAAAACUUCUGCCUCAUUUCUCAUUUUGAAUUAAUAAUACAUUGACCGAAAUAUUGAUUGAUUUGAUUGAUUUCUCAAGAAAUUUUCGAUGAGGGAUUUUCCGAAGCACGAGCGACGUUGGGCGUCUGAUUCGGUUCCUGUUAAAUCGGCGGUGAGUGCUGGAUCAUCGCCGGGAUACGAUUCCAGUUCGACUGCGGCGGAAGAGGAGUUUGUUGAGGUUACGCUUGAUCUUCAAGAUGAUAAUACGAUUUUACUUCGGAGUGUUGAACCGGCGACGGUGAUUAACAUCGAUGACGCAAUCUCUGUCGUUGGUGGUGCCGGAAGUGAAACUCCGGCUUCGGUGUCGAGAUCUCCGUCUACGUUUAGGCGGAGCUCGUCGAGUCGGCUUCGUCAGUUUUCUCAUGAGCUUAAAGCGGAAGCCGUCGCUAAGGCGAAGCAAUUUUCGCAGGAACUAAGAGCUGAGCUAAAGCGAUUCUCGUGGAGCCACCACGGUCACGGCUCGCGUGUGCUCUCGGCGGCGGCGUCUACAUCAGCUACUCCUCAAAAUGGCGUUAGUGCCGGACCUGGAGCUGGAUUCGACUCGGCUUUAGCGGCUAGAGCUUUGAGGAAACAGCGAGCUCAGCUCGAUCGGACUCGUUCUGGAGCUCAUAAGGCUCUUCGUGGAUUGAAAUUUAUCAGUAACUGUAAGACUAACAGAGUCGAUGCAUGGAACGAAGUUGAGGCAAAUUUCGAAAAGCUCUCCAAAGACGGUUUUCUCUAUCGCUCCGAUUUCGCCAAAUGCAUUGGAAUGGCGAAUUCGAACGAGUUUGCUCUGGAAUUAGUUGACGCUUUGGGAAGAAGACGAAGAUUGAAAGUUGACAAAAUCAGCAAAGAAGAACUCUACGAGUUUUGGUCACAAAUUACCGAUCAAAGUUUCGAUUCCAGGCUUCAGAUCUUCUUCGACAUGGUGGACAAGAACGAAGAUGGUAGAAUUACUGAAGAAGAAGUAAAAGAGAUUAUUAUGGUAAGUGCUUCUGCAAACAAGUUAGCGAGAUUGAAAGAACAGGCAGAAGAAUAUGCAGCUUUGAUCAUGGAAGAAUUAGACCCUGAAAGACUUGGCUACAUUGAGCUAUGGCAAUUGGAGACGCUUUUGCUACAAAAGGACACAUACUUAAACUACAGCCAAGCGUUAAGCUACACGAGCCAAGCCUUGAGCCAGAAUCUCCAAGGUCUCAGAAAGAGGAGCCGAAUACGGAGACUGAGCACCAAAAUGGUUUAUUUUUUGCAAGAAAAUUGGAAGAGAAUUUGGGUUCUGAUGCUUUGGGUUGGCAUAAUGGCUGGAUUGUUCACAUGGAAAUUCUUACAGUACAAGGAGAAAAAGGCCUUUAACGUAAUGGGUUACUGUCUCCUCACGGCUAAAGGAGCCGCCGAGACAUUGAAGUUCAACAUGGCACUUAUACUAUUGCCUGUCUGUAGAAAUUUAAUCACUUGGCUUAGGAAUACAAAGAUGGGUUACUUUGUGCCUUUUGACGACAACAUCAACUUCCAUAAGACAAUUGCUUCAGCCAUUGUAGUUGGUGUAAUUCUCCAUGUAGGGAACCAUCUUGCAUGUGAUUUUCCAAGGCUGAUAAGUUCAUCAGAAGAGGCCUAUAAAAACAAUUUGAGUCUUGACUUUGGAAGUGAUAAGCCCACUUACUUAGAUCUUAUUAAAGGAGUUGAGGGUGUGACUGGAAUCCUUAUGGUGACAUGUAUGACCAUAGCAUUCAUACUUGCUACCCGAUGGUUCAGGAGAAGCCUUGUUAAACUUCCCAAGCCAUUUGAUAGGCUGACUGGCUAUAACGCCUUCUGGUAUUCACAUCACCUGUUUGUCAUUGUCUAUGUCUUGCUCAUAAUCCACGGAGUAUUUCUCUAUCUUGUACACAAAUGGUACAAGAAAACGACAUGGAUGUACUUAUGUGUUCCGGUGUUACUAUAUGCUGGUGAGAGGACCCUCAGAUUUUUCAGGUCCGGAUUCUAUAGCGUCCGUCUUUUGAAGGUUGCUAUUUAUCCUGGAAAUGUUCUAACAUUGCAAAUGUCCAAGCCACCCCAAUUCAAAUACAAAAGUGGACAGUACAUGUUUGUGCAGUGCCCAGCCAUUUCUCCAUUUGAGUGGCAUCCAUUUUCAAUUACCUCUGCUCCUGGUGAUGACUACCUCAGUGUUCACAUACGUCAGCUGGGUGACUGGACACAAGAGCUGAAGAGGGUAUUUUCUGCAGCAUGUGAGGCUCCUGUAGCUGGAAAGAGUGGACUUCUAAGGGCUGAUGAAACGACAAAGAAAAGUUUGCCAAAGCUAUUAAUUGAUGGUCCCUAUGGUGCUCCAGCACAAGAUUAUAGAAAAUAUGAUGUCUUGUUGCUAGUUGGUCUUGGAAUUGGUGCAACCCCUUUCAUCAGUAUCUUAAAAGAUUUGCUCAUCAAUAUCGUAAAAAUGGAAGAACAAGCAGAUUUAGCCUCUGAUCUCAGCAGAACAUCAGACCUAAGUGUGGGUAGUGCAGAUUCCACCACUCCCAACAGGGUUUCUCGAAAAAAGGCACUGAAGACCACGAAUGCCUACUUCUAUUGGGUAACUAGGGAGCAAGGCUCAUUUGAUUGGUUCAAAGGGGUAAUGAAUGAAGUUGCUGAGCUUGAUCAAAGGGGUGUUAUUGAAAUGCAUAACUACUUGACAAGUGUGUAUGAAGAAGGUGAUGCUCGAUCGGCUCUAAUUACUAUGGUUCAAGCUCUGAACCACGCCAAGAAUGGGGUCGACAUUGUGUCAGGCACAAGGGUGAGAACCCAUUUUGCAAGGCCUAAUUGGAAGAAAGUUUUCUCAAAAAUGUGUUCCAAGCACUGUGGUGCUAGAAUUGGUGUGUUCUAUUGUGGUGCUCCAGUUCUAGCCAAAGAACUUGGCAAACUUUGUUACGAUUUCAAUCAAAAAGGUACAACCAAGUUUGAAUUUCAUAAAGAGCAUUUCUAGCCAAGCCUUCUCUCACAUUUUAUAGGCCUAUUAUGAGACUAAGCAAUUUUGUAAACUUUAGAUAUAUGAAAUAUUUGUACAGCCUUAGAUGGGAAAAAGAAAAAAUUACAUAUAUUAAUCAUAAAAAAUAAGUUAAACCGAGUCAAGCAGCAGAAAAAGUAUCCUGGAUUAUAUAUAUAUAUAGUGAGGUGGCUUGGCAUUGUACAUAUGGCGAAAGAUGGAGAUGACACGUGUCAAGUAAAAGUAAAUUGAUACUGUUGUGGUACUCAAAGAGUGCGAUACAGCUACAAUAUUUAUAUUUAUACAAGUUUGACAUAAUUGAUGAAGACAAGUAUUGAAUGGUAGACAUUCAUUGGUGGGUUAGGAAGAAGAUAGUUGUUCUGUUACAAGGUGGGAUAUCUUUAUAUAUAUCUAUAGCUUUUCUCAGAAAUUAUAAUUAAUUUAUCUAUUUUAUUUCUUAUUUUGGUGCCCAAUUUUUCUUCUUUUUUUUCUUUCUUUCUUUCUUCAAGUGGGGCCCAGGGAAUCCUUCUAGAAUGUAAUGACGCAGACUACCACUUUCAAUUAUUUUUUAUAGAUAUAAUUGUUUAGAAUAAAUAAUUGUUCUUUUCUGUAGAUGAAGAUGGUACUUUUUAGCUAUGUUUUUUCUUUGGGGGACCUUUUUUGGACAGAGUGAUAUAUAAUAUAGUGAACCACUGAACCUUACAUUGUCCCUUAAUUUUCUCCUUAAUACAAUAUAUAAUAUGUUUUUUCUUUUCAUUCA